AAAUCUCGCAUGCAUCACGUUAAUCUCGUUUUACCUGUGUGUGACAUGCAUUAGGAAGUUGACUUCAUAUACAUAACUCAUGAAUAAUAUUUUUAAGCGAAGAAGUUUGUGAAAAUAUUUUGUUUAAUAUAGUUUACAAAUAAUGAAAAGCGCACGGAUUACCUACGGACGAUAUUGAGAUAAACAAAGAUAAAAGAAAAUAUGGCUGUCAAGAGUGCUAUCACAUGGCUUGUUUUACUAAUGACGUCAUGCGUUGUAAUGUCAUUAGAAUUAAAUGGGACAAAUGUGUGUCAACGAACCGUCACUGUCACCAAAUCCCGCCUUAAAUAUAUAAAGAAGCCAUACGAACGCUGCACGCAAACGUGGUGUCCUAAUAUACUCCAACUAUUUCGUUGUACACGCUGCUACACAUUAUACAAGAGUGAGUUGGUUUUCAAAGAUACGGACUCGGACAAAACAGAGCUGUAUUGUUGUAGUGGAUACCAGGAGAUCGACGGCCGUUGUCUACCCAACUGUCCCAAAGGCUGUCAAAACGGAGCAUGCGUAUUUCCUAAUCUUUGCUUUUGCCACCCUGGCUGGAGUGGUGAAUCUUGUUCAUCACAUUGUGGAAAUGAGACCUGGGGUUUGAAUUGUCAAUACACUUGCAACUGUAACGGCCACGGCCAGUGCGAACCAGUCACAGGGGUGUGUCAGUGUAUGGCGGGUUGGACAGGAGAGAGAUGUCAGACCCCAUGUUCUCGAGGAACUUUCGGCGUGCGUUGUCAACAGCUGUGUCGAUGUAAAAAUGGCGGCGAGUGUGAUAGGGCAAACGGCAUGUGCACGUGUAAACCGGGAUACAAGGGACCUCUGUGUGAAACGCGCUGUCGCCAGAAAGAUGACUGUACAACAGCGUGUAAGUGUCAAAACAAAGGGAAAUGUGACGCUUGGGAAGGACACUGUGUUUGUACACAUGGAUGGACGGGAAAGUACUGUACUGAACCAUGUCCCGCCGGCUACAUGGGCGCUAAUUGUUCCGAGAUCUGUCACUGUUAUAACGGCGGCCAUUGUGAUAGGUUCGCAGGAAACUGUUCCUGUGCACCAGGAUUCACUGGGCAGAAGUGUGAAAUAGAGUGCAAACCUGGAAUAUUUGGAAGUGGUUGUCAAUCCAAGUGUGAAUGUAAAAAUGGCGGUACCUGUGAACACGUGACCGGAACUUGUGUCUGUCCUCGCGGUUACCAUGGAGACCAAUGUGAAAAAAGAGACUGUCCAGAUGGACUACACGGCGAGCAGUGUGACCAGACUUGUAACUGUACAACCGAGCGCACGAAAAGCGACUGCCACCCAAUCACAGGCGACUGUAUCUGUAGCCCCGGAUGGAACGGACACACGUGUGAUGAACCUUGCCCUGCCCCUACAUACGGGGACUCUUGUUCAACGACAUGUGACUGUCUCAAUGGCGGGCUUUGUCACCACGUGACUGGGAAAUGUCAAUGUGCUCCAGGAUUUAUAGGCAAAAAGUGUGAAAAUGAAUGUCCAGAAGGUUUCUAUGGAUUCGGAUGUACUCAACCAUGUCUUUGCAAGAACGGAGCAACGUGUAUGGCAAGGAACGGCUACUGUCGCUGUGCACCAGGCUACCAUGGUUUGACCUGUAGUGCCCUCUGCCCAGUAGGAUGGUAUGGACCAGACUGCGCGUCAAAGUGUCAGUGUAAAAACAAGGCCCUCUGUCACCCAGUUGACGGAAAAUGCACGUGUUUACCUGGCUACAUGGGAAUAUUGUGUGACCAGAAAUGUCCGCCUUGGCAGUUCGGAUUUGGAUGUCGUCAAGACUGUUCUUGUGACGUCAUGAAUGCAAUAUCAUGUGACCACCAGACCGGAAUUUGUAUGUGUAAACCAGGAUAUAGUGGUGUAGACUGCAGAAGCACGUGCCCUGAAGGGAAGUGGGGCGGUUCUUGCUCAAAAACAUGCUUUUGUAAGAAUAACGGCACGUGCGAUUCUAGGUCGGGCGACUGUCUAUGUAGGUCAGGGUACCUUGGUGAUGACUGUGGGAAUAAAUGCCCUGCCGGCUAUUAUGGGGAGGGAUGCCAGACUCAAUGUCGACAAUGUAGCAAGGGAUUAGUCUGCGAUCACAUCACUGGAAGAUGCUUUGCGAAAGAAUGUCCAGCCGGUUUCCAUGGUCCGGAAUGUCGUCAAGUUUGUGAAAAGGGAUAUUUCGGAAAAAGUUGCAAUACAACAUGCCCGCCUUGCAAAAAUGGAGCCCUCUGUGACUAUGUCAGAGGAAACUGUAUAUGCAUGCCCGGAUGGACAGGAGACUUGUGUGAAAAACCUUGUCGUUCUGGUUUCUACGGGUACAAAUGUAAGUCGAGAUGUACCUGUGAGAAUGGUGGAGAGUGCAGACGAACAGACGGAUCGUGUCACUGUUUCCCUGGAUACACGGGCUUCACGUGCUCUCAGAGUUGCAGCGAGGGAUAUUACGGCCAAGACUGCCAAAAACUAUGUAACUGCGAUGAGAAGGAAAGUUGCCAUCCCGUACACGGAUGUAUAUCAUCUGCCACUGUAAAUACGAGGGUAGCUCCACCAGAAGAAUCAAGCGUCAAUGGGACCGUCGUUGCCAUGUCAGUAGUAGCAGUUGUCCUGGUCGUGGUAGUGAUUUUGUUAGUGUUUUAUUUCCGGAACCGAGUCAAGCGUCUCAAGGAAACAAAAACUGACACGCUUCAGUUUUAUUCAGCCAGAAACCAAGGAAAUGGCAUGGCUGGUAUUAUCAACCCAGUGUACGCAGUUAACGGGGGCACUAACUCGCAUAAUGAGAAUCUGAACAACAGACGCCGAGAGCAGGAUAACCAGAUGCAGCCGUCGGGCCCCGGACCAUGUAGUGCUGCUGCGUCAUGUGCCUCCUACUACCCGGAUGACGACGAGGGCAGGUACACUGACUUCAAAACUGUAGAGGCACACACAUACAAGAACGCCUCUUUAGGGGCCAGCAACACAUAUGAAAAUGACGGUAAAGCACGUGCGAAGGAAAUGCUGUACAAAAAUAAAAUACAGGUUGAUCUAGUGAACAACCUGGAUAAGUCCGAGGAGGCAGGUCCGCCUCGGGACUAUGAUAAUGUUUCUCUGGAUUCGAUUGACAGAGAGAAAGCCAGGAACAAGGACUGGCCUUUGUAUUGAGAUACACGUAUACCUAUUUCCCAAGAGGAUAACAUGAUUCUACAAAUUUACGAAUACAUGUUCUAUGGAGAAUCAGUGAUGUAAGAGACUACAAAGUAAACAUCGUGCGUUUUCAUUGAUGAAAAUGAAGGCGAAGAGUGAAUUUCUGAUGAUAAAUACGGGAUGUGACUGUAGGUAUACAAAGAAUCACACUAAGUUGCCGAUGAGAUACUUCUGCACGUUUCAUCAUUUUUUGUUCGCAGUCCCGUGGAGUCAAGUCCAGAAACAGAGCCGGACAAACACAUACAAAGCUGUCAAUUUAUAACGGACUAUAAUAUAAAACAGCCUAUAAAGUUAUCCAUCAAAACGGACUGUUUGUCUAAUUUCAAUACAACGAUUGUAUGCAUACAAGAACCUCCUUAUUAGCGUCAAAUGCUACAAAAGUACUAUAUACGUACAUAUAUUUCAGCGGUAAAUAUAUCAAGGGCAUUCAUAUCUGGAAACAGUCCAUUAUAUUAUUACUGUGCUAAAACGUUUCCGUAUAUUAUUUUAUAGGGCAAGAAUUGUGAACGUACCAACUAUCAUUACACAUAUGUUGUUAUGAUAUGGUUAUUCCCUCGAGACUCAAGAAACACAAAUAAGUAUGUUAAGAUUAUUUGAUUUGGUCAUUUGCAUGAAGUACUUUUUUUCGUUUGUGAUGGAGUAUAACAGAAAUUAAUACAUAACCAGCGAUAUUUUCACAUAAAAAGUAAAUAUCAGAAGGAAAAAAUUAAGUGAAAUAGAUUACUUCAAUAACUGGUUUUUUUUGCACAAGAUUUGAUGUUUGUUAAUCCUGCGGCUUAAAUUUCUGUACCUGAUGUUUAUAUUGAUAAUUCCGUUUCAGUUUUUCAUUAGCAAAAGGUAAAACGUUAAGUUAAUGGAAACAAGGAUUAGCCAUCCACUAUUACAUUACUUCUAUAACUAAUGAGUUCGAUGAUCAUUGCUUAUUGUAUAGUCAUGCUUUUAGUUCUUAAUGGCAAGUCGAGAACCAAAAGCGAGAAAACUAUAUCAUUUUGUACAUAUUGUUAUGACACUUAAUUUAAUGAAAACAGAAAUGAAAACAAAAAAAACAAAUAUCGACUAUUUUGUGUUAUUAAUUUAUGUCCAUGUUGAAAUAUUAAAGUGUUACAUCUGCUAUAUUGCAGUGUUCUUUAAGUAUGCUAUAUUGGUGCAAUUGUGUUUUAGCACAUAAAACAUGUUAUUUGUACAAAGGAAAAAUAAAUUUUUAUUCUACUUUAAAA